UUCUAAGCAGUUGUUGAAUGAAACACGUUCUUUCGCGUGUUCAUUCGAUAGUCUGAUGCGGGUUUUACCCUUAAUUUAUUAAUUUAACAGGAUUAACGCACCGGUUGUGUUAACAAAUCAGCUAUGAAAGUAGUCUGCAACAAAUCCAACCCGCCUUUAGGUGGUUUGCUGGCUGUGGAGCUAUUCCGUUCACUUGGUAAUUCCAUAGAUGUAUCCUGGAGCAAUGAGAAUUCUGUUACUCUACCAAAAUCCUCAAAAUCAGUGCCAUAUGGAACUAGUAAUGAUUUGAUAAGAAUAGUGGAGAAUGUGUUUAAUAAGUCAGUGGAACCACUACAGAAAGUAACAAUGAACCACUGGCUAUCCUUUAGCCUUGUCCUGGAUGAUGAGAUACCAAAAUCCCUUGAAUAUUUGGACAAAAUACUUGGAGCAUUAACUUAUUUAGUGGGAGAAUCAUUGUCAGUGUCAGACUUGGCUGUAUUUAGUGUGUUACAUGCGUCUUCCAAAUUCAAGGAGGCAACCAAGUCAAAUCCUCCAAAAAACAUACUCAGAUGGAUGAAGCUCAUUGAAGCCCAGCCUCCUGUCACAAAAGCUCUGAAGGAGAUUCCUACUGAGAUAAUUGAGAAUAUGUCAAAAGCCAGUUCAAGGAGGUCGCCUGCAGCCAAUAAUGAAUCUGGCAGUCGGCAACAAGAAGGAAAGUUCAUUGAACUUCCCCAUGCUGAGAUGGGUAAAGUCAUUGUCAGAUUUCCGCCUGAAGCAUCUGGAUAUCUUCACAUCGGCCAUGCUAAAGCCGCUCUGCUGAACCAGUACUACCAGCAAGCUUUCCAAGGCAAGCUGAUCAUGAGGUUCGAUGACACAAACCCGGCUAAAGAGAAUGUCGACUUUGAGAAGGUAAUUCUAGAAGACGUAGAAAUGCUGGAGAUAAAGCCGGACAUGUUCACGCACACGUCGCAGUACUUCGACCUGAUGCUGCAGAUGUGCGAGAAACUCAUCAAAGAGGGCAAAGCGUUCGUGGACGACACGCCCGCGGAGCAAAUGAAGCAGGAGAGGGAACAGAAGGUUGACAGCAAGAACAAAAAGAACUCUGUGCAAAAGAACCUACAACUAUGGGAGGAAAUGAAGAAAGGCUCCGCUAUCGGUGUGCAAUGCUGCGUGCGCGCAAUCAUUGACAUGCAAUCGACUAAUGGCUGUUUGCGAGACCCCACCAUCUACCGGUGUAAACCUGAACCACAUCCGAGAACUCAUAUGCAAUACAAAGUAUACCCGACUUACGACUUUGCAUGCCCAAUAGUGGACUCGAUAGAGGGCGUCACUCACGUGCUGAGAACAAUGGAAUACCACGAUCGGGAUCCGCAAUUCUACUGGUUCAUAGACGCUUUGGGUCUGAGGAAACCCUACAUUUGGGAGUACAGUAGAUUGAGCAUGACCAAUACUGUGCUUUCGAAGAGAAAAUUGACGUGGUUUGUGGAGCAAGGGCUUGUGGAUGGAUGGGACGAUCCUCGGAUGCCCACAGUGCGUGGUGUUCUAAGACGCGGCAUGACCGUGGAGGCGCUGCGGCAGUUCAUACACGCGCAGGGCUCCAGCCGCUCCGUCGUCUUCAUGGAGUGGGACAAGAUCUGGGCGAUCAACAAGAAGGUCAUAGACCCCAUUGCGCCACGCUUCACGGCUCUAAAAACGAACGCCGUACCAGUGAAUUUGAAGGGAGUUACCUCUGACAGCAGUCUGUCCGUGGCACUGCACCCAAAGAACCCAGAAGUGGGUACCAAGACCAUAUGGGUGUCGAAGAGGUUGCUCAUAGACCAAGCCGACGCGAAGACUUUGAAGGAGGGAGAGAAUGCAACGUUUAUAAAUUAUGGGAACAUUUUGAUCGAUAAGAUUCAUAAAGCACCAGACGGCACCGUCACCAGUGUAGACGCGACGCCAAACCUCGAAAACAAGGACUACAAGAAAACGCUGAAGUUAACGUGGCUAGCGGACACUGAGAAAUCUCCAACCGUGGAAGUGUACUGCGUUUACUUUGACAACAUCAUAUCGAAGCCUGUGUUAGGCAAAGAUGAGGAUUUCAAACAGUAUAUUGGACAUCAGACUAGGUGGGAGAUCCCUAUGAUAGGCGAGCCCGAACUCCUCAAAGUGAAUGUUGGUGACAUCAUACAAUUACAAAGACUCGGCUUCUUCCGAGUGGACGUGACUCCCACUGCCCCGUCGGAGCUCACUUCGAGAGGAUCACCACUUGUGCUGUUCCAUGUGCCUGAUGGACACACCAAGGACAUGCCUGGGCAGCCCAAACCAGUUCAAACCGGCACAGCGAAGCAGCCAGCGCCCUCUGCCGCUCAAAGUGACGUCGCUGCUCAACUUCACGAGCAGAUUACGACGCAAGGCGAUCUCGUGCGGCAACUGAAGGCUGCGAAGACUGACGAUGAGGUCAAAAAGAUACUGAACCUUAAGGACACCAAAUCGUCAGACUCCUCAGACAUAAACGGCCAGAUCACCAAGCAAGGCGACCUGGUGCGCUCUCUCAAGGCCGCCAAAGCUGAGAAACCAAAGAUAGACGAAGCUGUUAAGGUCCUGUUAGACUUGAAAGCCAAGUACAAGGCCGCCACUGGACAGGAUUGGAAGCCAGGUGCGUCAGCUCCUGCAGCGUCAGCAGCGGAUGCCGGCUUGAAGAAAGCAAAGGUUGAUGAAGCCGUGAAGGUCUUGUUGGAGCUGAAAGCGAAGUACAAGUCUACCACAGGAAAGGACUGGCAACCUGGAUCAACUCCAGUGACCCCAGCGCCACCUGGUGGCGGGGACGCGGCCGGCCUCGACCAGCAGGUCGCGCAGCAAGGAGACCUGGUCAGGUCUCUCAAGGCCGCCAAAGCUGAGAAGGCUAAGGUAGACGCGGCAGUGAAAACUUUGUUGGAUUUGAAGGCGAAGUAUAAAGCCGCUACAGGACAGGACUGGAAGCCGGGCAGUGCUCCAGCUCCUCAGAAAGCCGCAACAACAACAACAGCUCCUCAGAAAGUUGUCACAACAACAACAACUUCAGACGUCGGUCAAUUGCUACAACAGAUAUCCGCUCAAGGCGACAAGGUGCGCACGCUCAAGUCUCAGAAGGCGGACAAAGCGGCUGUUGAUGCUGAGGUUAAAACUCUGCUCGCAUUGAAGGCGCAAUACAAGUCGUUGACGGGAUCAGAUUGGACACCGAACGCUGUUGCACCUGAUACUAAGAAGGAAACUCCAGUAGCAGCGAUGAACGGCACCGGCGACCAAGCGGCUUCCUUGGCUGCAGACAUCACCAAACAAGGAGACGUGGUCCGAGACCUCAAGGCCAAGAAAGCUGAUAAGGCUACAAUAGAUGCGGCAGUGAAGAAGCUGCUAGAAUUAAAAGCGAGUUACCAGACCGCAACGGGCAAUGCGUACGCGCCGACUGCGCCGGCGAGGAAGGAGAAGACCAAAGACAAGAAGCCAGCGAAGACGGAACCUGCCAAAGAGAAAUCACCAAAACCAGCGAAGGAGGAAUCUUCGACAGGUGUAAAGAAAAUCACUCGGUUAGGUUUGGAGGCGAGCAAAGAUGAAAAUCUGCCAGAAUGGUAUUCUCAAGUCAUCACCAAAUCGGAAAUGAUCGACUACUACGACAUAUCCGGUUGCUACAUCCUGCGACCGUGGUCGUACAGUAUAUGGGAGAAUAUUCGCGCGUUCCUCAGUAAGGAGUUCAAGAAAUUGGGCGUCAAAGACGGAUACUUCCCUAUCUUCGUCUCAAAGGCGGCUUUAGAACGCGAGAAGACACACAUAGCUGACUUCUCGCCGGAAGUGGCGUGGGUCACCCACUCGGGGUCGUCGGAGCUGGCGGAGCACAUCGCCAUACGGCCCACAUCCGAAACUGUCAUGUACCCCGCAUACGCCAAGUGGAUUCAGAGCCACAGGGAUCUGCCACUCAAGUUGAACCAGUGGAACAAUGUUGUGAGAUGGGAGUUCAAACAACCACAGCCGUUCCUGCGCACUCGUGAGUUUCUCUGGCAAGAGGGGCACACCGCCUUCCGCUUCCAGCAGGAGGCCGAGGAGGAAGUGCUGCAGAUUCUUGAUUUGUACGCGCGAGUCUACGAAGAACUAUUAGCCAUCCCUGUCAUCAAAGGGAGGAAGACAGAGAAAGAGAAGUUCGCGGGCGGAUACUAUACAACUACAGUGGAGGCGUAUAUAUCCGCUAGUGGCAGAGCUAUACAGGGCGCAACUAGCCAUCAUUUAGGACAGAACUUCUCUAAAAUAUUCGAGGUGGUGUACGACGAUCCAGACACUCACGAGAAAGCCUACGUGUAUCAGAAUUCGUGGGGACUCACUACUAGAACGAUAGGCGUUAUGAUACUAGUUCACGGAGACGACCGCGGCCUCGUACUACCGCCUCGCGUGGCAGAAAUACAGAUCAUAGUGGUUCCCUGCGGCAUCACGGCUUCCAGUACUGCUGAGGAACGACAGAAGCUAAUAGAGUCCUGCAAGCAGUUGGUGGGAGUUUUCCUGGACGCAGGGUUGAGGGCGGAAGGAGACUAUAGGGAUAAUUAUUCCCCUGGAUGGAAGUUCAAUCAUUGGGAGCUGAAGGGAGUUCCCAUCCGAGUGGAGUUGGGCCCCAAGGACAUGGCGCGCGACGAGCUGGUGGCGGUCAGGAGGUUGACCGGCGAGAAGAUCGCCAUGAAGCGGGCGGCGGCCGCGGCGCAGCUGGCGGCGCUGCUAGAGACCACGCACAGGGAAAUGUUCGACAGGGCGACAAAAGACCGUGACGCACAUCUGUCUCUGGUGGACAAAUGGGAAGAUUUCACAUCGGCUGUAGAACGCAAGCACAUCAUGUUAGCGGCUUUCUGCGGAGAAAUCGCGUGCGAAGACAACAUUAAGAAGGACAGUGAGAGAACCGAAGAUGAUGACACCUCCGAGAUGAAAGGCCCCUCGAUGGGCGCCAAGUCCCUUUGCAUCCCGUUCGUCCCGCCCCGCGCUCUUUCCCCCUCGGACCGCUGUAUACACCCCGCUUGCAACAGAAAGCCCAAGUUCAUUACCCUGUUCGGACGGAGCUACUAACAUACAAUAAGCAUUAGUCCAUUUUUUAUUUGAAUAAAUAUUUAAUUUUUU